AUGUCUUACCCAGACUAUCUUGAUGACAUGGAAUCUCAACUCGCCAGCUACUUAGGCGAAGAUCCAUCGACAUUCUUUUCCAGUGAGAAUGCAACUGCGCCCGCUCCCGUAGAUUCUCUCGAAGAGUUAUCUUACGACAUGAAUGGUCAAUUCACCUGGGACGACUUCCUCAACGAAGAGGGAAUCGAAACAACCUCUCCUCCUCCCAUCACCCUGGAAUGGAAUCCAACUGAGGCAGAUUUCUACAGUAAUGAAAUUGCUGCGCCUCCAACGGUCGAUGAGACUAGCCCAGAAGAGCCAGAGCAGUCACCAAGACGAGAUGAAGAGGCUCGCACCAAUGUCGAAAGUGGUAACACCAAUGAGCAAGCGGUUGCAACACCUUCCCAGCCUGAGCCUCAGCCGGAAGAAAACACAAUCUUCCCUGACGAUGAUUCUCUUUUCGGCGGCAGCACCUCUGAAGACAUCGACGUUCCAAAAAUCAAUGAGGAACAUCAAUCCGAGGUCGUAGCACAAGGAGCUAACAGCACUUCCGAACUUGUGGCUGACACACCACAACAUGGCGACAGUGCUGCCUCCGCACCAGUUACUUCUGGUGUAGAUCUUAACAACACCGAAGCGGAUGAUGACAAUGAUUCUCUGUUUGGUGACGUCGAUGAUUCUGGUCUCGGUGACGGCUCCCAGCCUACAGAAAAUAAAUUGCCAGCAGGUGACGAUGCACCUAACGGCACUCAAGCAGAUGAUGUCGACGACCUCUUUGACUCCGCAUUUGGGGAUGAUUUUGAGGCGGAACUUGAGGCGGAACUUAAGAAAGACAGUGCCAACGCUGUGGCUCCCACUAUUCCGAAGCACACUGGGCUUCACCUUCCAAAGCCUCCUCAGAAGGUGGCCAAAUCUCAGGGGUUACAUCUUCCUGACCCCCCACGUGCAAUCGCAAAUCCACAAGGAUUGCACCUCCCUGCAACUCCUCAGAAGUCGGUUGCUCCUCAAGGACUACACCUCCCCGAACCCCCACGUGUGGUGGCUAGCCCACAGGGACUAAAUCUCCCUGUUCCUCCUACUGUGGUAGCCGACCAACAGGGACUGCACCUACCAAGUCAACCUUCUGCGACAGUCAAACAGCAGAGCGGAGCCGAAAUUUCGGCUCAAGAAGAGACUGGUGAUCAAGAGGACGGCGUAGCUUCGACCAGACGCCGCAAGGUCAGAGCUAGCAGAAUUCCGAGAUCUGACAUGAGUCGACCAAAAGGUAGGGGACAAGCUGGCAAAGUUCUUACGCAACUCUCUGGACCGGCUCCUUCCAAAUUGCCAGAAACUAAACCAAGCUCAUCUUCCGGUGCUAAUGACACAGCUGAAAAAGUUACGCAUUUGCCUCGAUGGGCCUUCGGGAAGUACACCAGCUUUAGCAAACCUGUUGCUGGCAGUAAAUAUCGAAAGCCAAACAACUCGGUACAAAAUCCGAUACCAGUUGAGGAUGAGCAAGAUUCUGUGGAGCAGACCAACGAGAUAGCGAAUCCUCAAUCGCAGGAUACAGUCCAAUCAGGAAUGAAAAUGGGUCAAGAUCCAAACCAUAUUGAUGGUGAAGACUCCACUCGUCCUUACGAGAACUUCCAAAUCCCUGCCUCUGGCAAUGACAUGGAUUUUACAUUAGGCAAUAACGAACUUCUGAAUUCUCUCGGCGAAUUGAACUUUCCGCCGGUUAUUGAUGAUGCGGGUCCAGCUCCACAACUGCAGACAUAUCAGGCGCACAGUUCCGCGGCCCUGGGGAUUGCACCACCUGUCGCUCCCCAGUAUGGGGUUCCUCCUCCUCCUUCCAUGAUGGAGGAUUUCUCGCUAUAUGGAAAGCUCCAAUGGCCAGCAGCGACACCUCCAAAUAUCAUGGGGCAGAGCGGUGCAAAAAACUAUCAGCCCGCCAGUCAGCCAAUGCAGACUGGUAACUUUGAACAAGGAAGCGGGUAUGGUCUACGCGAUGACAUGGUUCAAGCCACACCUGCAGACAUUGGAGGCAGCAAUUCCACAGGACUGAACGACAAUGGUCCUAAGAAGCGUCUCAGUCACGAACGUGCUGAGUAUGGUGACCCUCGAGUCUUAAUGACAUACGACGAGUUCAAACAGAUAUUUCCACAAGAACCAACACGUGGAUGUUUUGAGGUCGCCAUCCAGAACGAGCGGGCAGCAGACGCGGCAAUAGUUGCGAGGGUAGGAGUUCCUCCACAGAGACCGACGAUCCGCAAGUCAAUAAUUUGCACCUGGAGCCAGGUGCAACAUCUGAAUCGAAUCCGUGCUGCCAAUGGCGAAAAGCUUUUUGAGCCAAAGCCAAAUGCCCACAAACGACCGGAAGCGUUUAAAGAGAGCUUGCGGAGGAAGAGACAGGAGCGUGGUGAAACCUCAGAAUCUGAGGAAUCCGACAUGGAACCAGAGGCAAAGCGAUUGAGACUCACUCAGGCGCCAAUGCAAAUGGCAAAAUCAUCUGGUGAACAUUAUGGAGAACGUAGUUCACAGAUACGUCCUAUUCAGCCUGGUAAUCCUCAAGUAUUGGCUGAUAUCCACCAGCCAGUACCACAGUCUUUCAAGAGAAAGAUGAAUACUGAGCAGUGGGAGGGUCUUGAUUCUGCGGUGCAAGAAACGGGACCAACGGCCAAGCGACCGAAACUUGCCAUUACUCCAAGCCAACAUGCUGAGCCUAUAAAUAACCAUUUAAGAAUGGACGGGUUUGAAAAGUACGUCUCAGAAAGACAGUCUGAAUACCUGAAGCUGCGUGUGACAGAGCUAAAGCAGCUUUGUAAGACUCGCGGCAUCAAACACGGCAAUUUCAAUGGUUUGUCGAAAGGCGGUUUAGUUGGUGUUCUGGUGGGACAGGAUGUCAACCGCCACCCUGUCUAUAGCCAAAUGCAUCAUCAAGCCCAGGCUAGAGUUGCAACCCGCCAGGAACGUCCAAUCCUUGGUGUUGGCAGAAUGGGUGGAAUGAACCCACCAACUGUUGCUGCAAACCGGAGUCGGCAACAACUCAGGCAACCCAAUGGAUGGGGCAUUCGUCAGGGUUCAUCAAGACCUGAAAUUGGUCCAGUCCAUGGUAUGGGCUUAAAUCAUCAUCAGCGAACCCCGACACAGUUCCCCCAUGCUGGUGACCAUAGAGCACCUGGUCCUGCACCCAUGGGAUUCGUGACAAAUUCGGGUCUUAAUAGUGGUCCAAGUUAUGGUAAUUCACGGCCAGUCAAUGUCGGACAUGCCCAGCAGCGUUACACGAAUGGUAAUGCUAGCAGAAUGGCCAAUGAUGGUGGUCAAUCACAGCCGAGUAUCAGGCAGGCCUCUCAAGGUCCCAUGAUGCAUCCCAGUGCUGCCAAUCCGUAUGCUCGAUCGCAAAUACCGGUCAGCGUCCAGAACAGUGGUUACAACAACAGCGGCAUCCAUCAAAAUAUAAAUGGAGGUCGCAAUAACCAUACCAGCGCCAACGCUCAGAUUCCAGCUUAUGGUAUCGCUGGCGAUUUUGGUGCUGGCAUCUAUCAGCCAGCAGUUGAUGACCGUCGAAGAAAACCGAGGAUCGUCGGUCAAGAAGCACCAAGCAGAGUUCCUCGAGGCAAUCAGAGGAGCGCCCCAAAGCCACCGGUGAGCUUGCCACAACCUGCGAUGAAUAAUACCGCAAGGAGUUACAGCAUCACCCAGCCGUCUAUGGCUGGCAGGGCCAGCGGCAAUAUCCAGAUGGGUCAUCAAGCAAAUACUCUUGGUGGCUCUCAAAUACCAAGGCCCGCCCACGGUGGGAACAUGGGAGGCGAUCCCCGAAGAUUCAUGCAGAAUCAUCCUCAAGGUGGCCUCUGCUCAGCCCUGUGCAAGGUCUUAGUCGGGGAGUCCAGCAACAGCAUGCUGGAGCUCAACUUUCUCGACCACCUUACCACGGUCCGCCUUGAGGUAAUCCGUCCGACAGGCAGCAUUCUGGUCCUGCGCCACCGGCUUGAGUUGCAGAUAUUGUGUAACGAAUUGACAAUAGCCAUGAGUCUUGAACAGGCUGAGAACUGA